AUGGACGCAUUUAAGGUUUUCGUGAAUGGAAAGCCAAUUUAUUUUCAAGACAGGCGAGAUGUAUUAAUGAACAUGGCAAAAGAUGAUGAAUACCUUUUGGAUUACAUACACAGGGCAGUUCUAACUAAUUCACUUGCCCAAUAUGGAAUUUAUAAUCAUAUGAGUGAUCAAAUUACUGUGGAAAGGGAAGAAAACCAGGAAUUUUUAAAUGUGGAUAACUCAGAAAAUGAAUGCCUAGAAAUGGAAAUGGACAAUAUUUUACAUACAAAUACAUUAAAUAACAAUCUCAACAAAAAUGUAUCUGAUCAUUCAAUUAUGGUUUGGACAAAUAAGGCGCACCCUUCAAAAGUAGAUAAUGAUGCUACAAGGGAAUUAAUAAAGUUAAGAGGAUCUCAUAAAUUUAAGAGAAGGUUAGAUGACAAAAGUCACAAUAAGUUACAAAUAUGGAUUGAAAUUGCCCAAGAAAUGUGCAAAGCUGGAUUUGAAGUAGGAUCCAAAAAGGAAGGCGGAGUAAGGUGUAGGCAAAAAUGGGCAAAUUUGCAACGAACAUAUUAUAAAUAUAAAAGUAAUCAAAGAAGUACAGGAGCUGAAUAUCUGGACCCUCCCCCGUUUUUUGCAGAAAUCGACAAUAUUUUAGGACAAAAGGAUAUAGCAACACCUAAAUAUUUAAUGCAUUCUAGAUGCACUACAAAUACCCCUACAUUUGAAAAGAGAAAUAACAUUCCCACAACGUCAAAUGGUACACAAACUAUAGAUCAAUUUGAAGAACCAUGUUAUUUGUCAAAUAUAAGUGAAACGUCGAGUGAAACCUAUUUACAUGAAACACAAAAAAAAAGUAUUUUUGAAAAUGUUAAAAAAACUGUUAAAUGUUCUGACAAGGAAGUAAUUUUAAAAGAAAUUUCCAACUUAGUACAUUUAACUAAUUCACAUUUUGAAGAAGUGAAGAAUCAAAAUGCCGAGCACCACGAAUUUAUAAAAAAUGCAGUAAAAACUGAAGAAAACCAAAGGGCAGCUUUUUUAAAACUUUUCAGUGAUUUAGUCAAAUCUGUCACAAAUAAAAACAAAAGAAAGCAUUCAGAUGAUGAAAGUGAAUGA